GAGGGUGGGGCCAAAGAAACGCGCCUUACGAUCCGAAAUCGCCGAACCGAAAGGACUGAGGGAGGUGCGCUUCGGUGGGCGGGGUUAACGUUGGGCGCAUCCCCCACAAGGGAGAAGGCGGGGCUACGGCCCUGCGGGGCGGGUCCCAGGCUUCCCUCUUCGUUAAGGUAGCGGCGUGACGAAAUUGACGCAGGGGGUCCGCAAUGGGGAGGGGUAUGUGGAAGAAGCCCAUGGCGCGCUACGUAGGGGCGUGGGUCCGCCGGGACAGCGAAUUGGUGUUUACGAGGUGACUAGCUGGUUCUACCAGAGGACGGUGCGACACUGAAGGGAGACGAGGAGGCACACCGAGCGCCUACGAGUGGGGAGGAUGCUGGUGGUGGAGGUGGCGAACGGCCGCUCCCUAGUGUGGGGGGCCGAGGCGGUGCAGGCGCUGCGGGAGCGCCUGGGAGUGGGGGGCCGCACCGUAGGCGCCCUUCCUCGCGGGCCCCGCCAGAACUCACGCCUGGGCCUCCCGCUGCUGCUGAUGCCUGAAGAGGCACGGCUCCUGGCCGAGAUCGGCGCCGUGACCCUGGUCAGCGCCCCGCGCCCGGAUCCCCGCCAACACAGCCUGGCUCUGGCAUCCUUCAAGCGGCAGCAAGAGCAGGGCUUCCAGGAGCAAAGCGCCCUGGUAGCUGAGGCCCGUGAGACUCGUCGCCAGGAGUUCCUUGAGAAGAUUGCGGAGGGCCAGGCAGUCAAGAAGCAGAAGCUGGAACCAGAUUCAGGGACCGGCGAGAGCCAGGAGGCCAGCGGGAACCAAGCUGCUGGAGAGAAUGAGGCCAGUGCUAGCCAGGCGUCUGGGGAGCACGAGGAAGCAGGCUCCUCGUCUCCCCAACCAGGGCCUUCAGAUGGGGUGGCCCCCUUGCCCAGGUCUGCUCUGCUCAUCCAGCUGGCUACUGCUAGGCCUAGACCCAUCAAGGCUAGGCCCUUGGACUGGCGUGUCCAGUCCAAAGACUGGCCCCACGCUGGCCGCCCAGCCCAUGAGCUACGCUACAGCAUCUACAGAGACCUGUGGGAGCGAGGCUUUUUCCUCAGUGCUGCUGGCAAGUUUGGGGGCGACUUCCUGGUCUAUCCCGGUGAUCCGCUCCGUUUCCAUGCCCACUACAUUGCCCAGUGCUGGGCUCCUGGGGACCCCAUCCCACUCCAGGACCUGGUUUCUGCUGGCCGCCUCGGAACCAGUGUCAGGAAGACGCUGCUCCUCUGUUCCCCACAGCCUGAUGGUAAGGUGGUCUACACCUCCCUGCAGUGGGCCAGCCUGCAGUGAACUCCAGAGACCUAUGGGGUGUGGCUGUGUCUUUGGCAAGAGCCUUUCUAGAUGGCCCCAAGUUCAUCUCUGCGUGGGAGGCUAGAAUAUCCCAUGCAGUUAGUUUUUGAUUCCAGAUUUAUAAACACUACAUCUUUCUUAUGUCCCUUCCUCUUUCAAAGCACUAUUGGCUGUGUUGUUUUAUAGUUACCCAUUUCCAAACUGUGAGCUUCUUGAGUGAAGACUGGGUUGAUUCAUCUGUGUUUUCUACAGGGCUUGGGUCCCAAGAGGUCUCAAUAAACUUGUUGAAUAAACGUGGA